AUGAGAGCAUAUAGCUCCUCCUCAGAGCUUCAAGUCAACAACACAGAUACCAACACACCUGUUUCAUCCUUAGCGUGUGGAGUCUCUCUGUCAGACAGCAGCAUGGCACAGUGUAACGCCUCAUCCAGAUACCAGGACAUCAUCUCCAAAAGUACUCAGAUCUCUUCAGGAUCUCCUGCUGUCUACCAGCUGAGACCAAAGGAAGAGAAGACUGAACGUUUGACAAGAAAAACUGUUGGAGAGAAAAACCUGAACAAGACAAACAGAACCAUCUUACUUGUAGGUGAAACAGGAACAGGAAAAUCUACUCUGAUCAACACUCUGGUCAACUACACCAUGGGAGUGAAGUUUAAGGACAACAUCUGGUUUGAGAUCGUAGAAGAUGAGAAGAGAAGUCAGAAAGUGAGUCAGACAUCAGAUGUGAUCGUGUACGAGAUCUUUGGUUAUGAAGGUAAAACUCUGCCCUACUCUCUGACCAUCAUCGAUACUCCUGGAUAUGGAAACACCAGAGGGAUCGAGUAUGAUGUCAUCGUUAGUGAAAGAUUAUUGGACUUGUUCAGCUCAGACGAUGGAGUUCAUGAACUUUCUGCAGUGGGUCUGGUGCUGAAGGCGAGUGAGAAUCGAGUGAAUGAUCGACUGAAGAACAUCUUUAAUUCAGUGACGUCUCUGUUUGGGAAAAACAUUAAGGAGAACAUCAUACCUCUCAUUACACACUCUAAUGGAUUAAGACCUAAAAAUGUUCUGGAAGCUCUUGAAGCUGCAAACAUUCAAUGUGUCAAAGAUGAAGAGAAUGAAACUGUUCACUUCCUGUUUGAUAACUGCCAGAAAACAGAGAGAACAAAGAAAAGCAAGGUUCCUUUAGAGAAUGCAUGGAAGACAACAGAGGCAGGAAUGGAACAAUUCACAGACUUCCUGAUUGAGAAGAUGAAAGGGAGAAGAGACACAGAGAAGGUGGAGAAGCCGGAGGAGACAAAGAGUCGACAGGAGGAAGAUACCAACACACCUGUUUCAUCCUCAGCGUGUGGAGUCUCUCUGUCAGACAGCAGCAUGGAGCAGUGGUGA